AUGAAGCGCCUCAACUUCACAACGACCCACCCGCAAACCCAGAGUCGAUUCUUCACCUUGCCGGCGGAGCUACGCAACGAGAUCUACACAAUGGUGUUCUCCGAGGUCCCAACUAACAAAGCCGGGAAGAUCAGCACUCACUCAGUGCACGCGUUGACGAGUCGAAAGUCGAAGCAGUCGGUACUCUCCAUCGCUUGCGCGUGCCGGUGGACCUACCUCGAGACACUCGAGCUCUUCUACUCGAUGUACCACUUCUCGUUCGACCUGACUCAUCCAUGGCACGAUCGUGUAUACUCCAACCCCACCCACGGCUUCAUGAUUCAACCAGCCGCAAUCCAAGAGGCAACGAUGCUUGCGUGGGACAUCGAAGAGAUCGAGCCGACAUGCUGGACUCUGGGCAGGUUCAAGAGCCUCAAGCACCUGCACUUCACCAUCAGGACGACGUUUACACUCGAAGCUUACAGGACUGGGAGUCUUCGUGCGGAGUUCCACGGGAAGCGCAAAGACCUGAGAUUCAGUGGUAAGAAACUUCCGAAGAGUGUCCAGACCAUUACCUUGGAGUUCCGACAGCACGACUUGAUGGCGAACCGUGGCGGUAUGAACGAAGAGGCUCAGCAGCUUUACAAGCAAGAGUGCGCAAGCCUUGAGCACGACAUUGCUCGCUUCACGAAGGACGCGCAAGUUCAGCGGCGGCUCGGAUGCUGA